GUCGAGGCUUUGGUAGGACUAAGGAAGGACGCUUUCUGUAGGGGAUGAGAAUACAAAACAGUUUUUCAGUAUGCACAUUUGUGUACUACAUACACAUAAUCAGUAUUUAGAAGAAUGUGCCUUCGUAUUAAACGAAGAAUGGCCUAGGAGUAAAACUGCAAGAAUCCACUCCUUGGAAAAGUCCUGUGAUAAAUAUCCUGUGAAUUUAGUUCUUGUCACGCAUGAAGAUUCACCUGUUGGUCACAGUCGGUUGUCCAUAGUAGUUGGGAGAGAAAAAUCUUGCUUUGUUGAAUCAGUUGUUGUGAAGAAGUCCCUGCGAGGUAAAGGUCUUGGAAAACUACUAAUGCAAGAAACAGAAAAUUUUGCAAGAAGCAAAGGAUUUGAGACAAUGUAUCUGAGUACUCAUGAUAAACAAGAUUUUUAUCAACAUGUGGGUUACAGCUUUUGUAAACCAGUUGUCAGUUGUGGAAUACAACCUUCCAAUAUACCAGAUAGCUUUUUGAACAAAUUGGCAGGUGCAACAUUAGAUGAUGAUGUGAAUCAACCAAAAAGAUUUAAUACAAAAAUCAAAGACAAUACUACUGACACUGCAUUUACCAGAUCAUCAGUGACAAGCCCUGUGGAUGCUCCAUCAAUACCUCCACAACCAAGGGCACCUGCUCCAUCAAUACCUCCGCCACCAAGUGCACCUGCUCCAGCAAUACCUCGGCCACCAAGUGCACCUGCUCCAGCAAUACCUCCACCACCAAGUGCACCUGCUCCACCACCACCACCCCCCGUGGUACCUAACCCACCAGUUGCCAACACAAUAGGAAAUAAAUCUAAUACUGACUCACAUACAGAAAUAUCUAAGUGGGAUCCAAGGGAAAUAUCAUGGAUGAAAAAGAAUAUAACUUGACAAUAAUAGUGUUACUUAAAACAAUCGGUUCAUCUUCAUUGUUCCUGUGCAAUAUGUUAUUUAUCAUCAUUGUUUAAAUUAUCGGAUAGUUAUACUUCUGAA